UAUAAAUGUCAUUCGUGACAAUAUUCUAGCAGAAAAUAAAAAAUGCCUCGCUAAUUCCAAUAUCCAUAGAAAAUACAAAAAAUGUUAAUACGGAAAUGAAAUAGACAAAAUGAAUUGCUUUAGGUUACUUAACAAUAACGUUCUGCGUAUGAUCCCACGCCAGGUGUGCAAUUUGGAAUUCAAGAGAUUCAGGAAACCCUCGCCAUGCGAUGUCUGUCUGUACACACCAGAGAAAAGACCACGCUGUAGUCGUAAACAUGCAUCAUCGUUGCGCGAAAAUUCAAUAAAUUGAGCGACGGAAGUCGAGGUGAUACUGGUGGAAUUUCGUAUUCUGCCUCGACGUCCGAUGAUGAAGUGCAGUGCUUUGACAUCCGCAAUGUAUCAGUCGAGCAGGGAACCAACAAACAUGGAAAAUUUAUACGUUCGUUCCUUUAUAGCCACUAUUGGCCACGCGAGCCAAGCGUCGUGGGUCUCUGGAUGUGUCACAACUGUAGCUAUCUUGAUGUCCUGACUGAUAAAUAUUCUCUUUCUGGUGAUCGUUUUGUGGCAUACGAGUACAUACCACGUACUAAUGAACGAAAGAUGGUUGGCGUAUGUGUUGCCAACAGGGCAUAUCCGUGGGCUGCAGAUGAGUUGGAAGAAUGGGCGCACUGUACGAGUGCCCGUCCCGAAAGGAACCGGAUGUACUUCAUAGCACACUGUCUGCGUAGUCCCAAUCUGUUUAAGAAGUACGAUGUGCCGUACUUGUAUGACGUGGAAGUCCUAGCGACAUCUUCGGAGGUGGCAGCACAAGGCGUGGGAUCUUUACUCUUACGGAGGGUUUUGCAGUACGCUGAGGAGAUGCGAUUCCCGCUCGUGCACGUUAUCGCAGUCAGCCAUUAUACAGCUAAAAUGUGUGAGAAGUGCGGUAUGAAGCUGGAGUGGUCGAUGGACUACAGCGAGUUCAUUGAUGACGCCGGUCAAAGGGUCUUCUUCCCGCGACGGCCACACCACAAAGUAUCUGUGUUUACCAUGUAUUUUGACCCAAAGAAAGGUGCGCCAGUACCCUGCUUGCCCCCCUUUUAGUACCAUUGUUGAAAAUAAAAAAAAUUGAGGCAA